GGACUGCGCGGUCCUGUCUCAUGUCAUCGGACUCUGUGAUACAAUAAAACAGCUCAACCUGGAGGACUGCCACAUUCAGUGUGAAGGAAUCCAGCGGCUGGGACCCGGGUUGCACAAGUGCCAGGAGUUGAGAAUAAACCUGAAGGUAUCAAACAUGUGGAAGAGAACGAGAUCCUGUACACCAUGAGCUACAACCCCUCCUUCUGCUGGAUCCUCGCUCUGGCACUGGGCCCCUUCUUCACACAAAGAGUCAGGGACCCAAAGCGAGUUCCCAAGACCAUCACUCAACUGUACUCCUACUAUAUUUACAACAUCCUGAAAAACCACGGCCGUGAGUUUGAGAACCCCCAUGAUGUGUUACUCAGGGUUGGUCAGAUGGCCUUCAGAGGAGUGUCCGAGAAGAAGAUUGUGUUUACAGAUGGAGAUUUGAUCAAGUUCAAUCUGCAGCCUUCCCAGUUCCUGUCCGGAUUCCUGAUGGAGCUUUUGGAGAGAGAGGAUUCUGCCCGGAGCGUGGUGUACACAUUCCCACACCUCACCAUCCAAGAGUUUGUAGCUGCAGUCGCACAAUUCCUGAUCCCAGAUGGCAGAGAUAUUACGAAACUCCUCACUGAAGCCCACUGCGUGAGGGAUGGGCGAUUUGAGGUAUUUCUCCGUUUUGUUGCUGGUCGUUCCAACCCAAUGACAGCUUGGGGCCUGGAGGAGUUUCUGGGUCCAUUUCCUCAUCAAACAACCUGCCGGGUGAUUGACUGGGUGAAGGAGGAGGUUAAACGCCAGAGUAGAAACACAGAGAGUGAAGCUGGUAAAAGGAGCCUCCUGAACACAUUACACUACCUGUUUGAGUCUCAGAAUCGGGUACUGGCUCAGGACAGCCUGGGAUCUGUGGAAACACUUUCAUUCAGUGGAAUGACACUGACCCCUAUUGACUGCGCUGUCCUGUCUCAUGCCAUCGGACUCACUGAUACAAUAAAACACCUCAACCUUGAGAAAUGCCACAUUCAGUGUGAAGGAAUCCAGCAGCUGGGACCUAGGCUGCACAAGUACCAGACGUUGAGACUUGGGUGGAAUGACCUGGGAGAUUCAGAAGUGAAACUGGUGUCUGCGGCUCUGAAGAACCCGGAGUGUAAAAUACAGAAACUGGGGCUGUGGGAUGUCGGUCUCACAGAUUCUGGUGCCGAGGAUCUCGUCUCCGCUCACAGUGCAAAUCAAUCACUGAUGUGGCUGGACCUGGGAUCAAACUCGCUGACAGACCGAUCUGUCCCCGCUCUCCGCCGCCUCAUACUGACCCUCCCGAGUCUGAAGUGGAUCGGGCUGGGGUUGAAUCGGUUCAGUGAGACCGGGAAGAAUGAAUUGAGAUCUCUGCAGGAACACAGACACGGACUGAAAGUGAUCUUUGGGAUGGGGAAUUAUUGGCCAAUUCCCCACCCUCCCCUUUAAUUCCCCGUCCUCCCCUUUAACUCCACAACCUCGCCUUUAACUCCCACAAUCCUCAUUAACGGCCACCCUCACCUUUAUUGACUGCGGUCCAGGUAUAAUUUCCAAGGAUUUUAACAGUACUGGCCGCACUCGCGCUCUUUUGCUCCCGUAUUGACGCAUUUUCGCCUUCUGUCCAGCGGCGCAGCUUCCGCUGGGUAACUUAGGUAAAGGCUCCAGGCUGUGGUCAACCUCUGGAUUUUGAAGCUGAGAAUAAUUUUGCCCCUGGUCCGAAGCAGCUGUACUAGACUUCCAAAGGCGCUCCAAAAUCCGUAUCUUACUGGAAGGACAGCACCUUGAUAUUUUUUUUGUUUGUUUAUUGCAGCCAUUGUUCGCUUUCUUGCUUUCUUUGUUCUAGGCCUUCUUUGAAGGCAUUAAAAUUCUCUAGAGCACUUUGUAUCAUCCACCACACGCCAAAGAAAAUUUAAAAGAUGAUAAACUAUCGGGUAUUGAGCGACACCGAACAGGGAUUAUGGCAUAUUAUUAAAGAUCUGAGAAGAAGAUCAGCACACCAUCUCAAGCAUAAAAUCUUGCGACUUCACUGGGCGCCACCAUGAGUGUCAUCCGACCUGGACACUCCGGUGAAGCCUGCAGUUAAAAAGAAGAAACCAGAGGUCACUUUACAAACUAUAGCACAGGCAAUUAACGAUAGAUCCGAUGACCUGGCUUUGAGAAUUGGCAGCAAUAAAAAUCACAUCAAUGACAUUAAGAAAUCCCUCGAUUUUAUUUUUGAAGAGGGGAAUACCCUGAAGUCUGAUGUAGAGCAGAUUAAAGGGACUUGCGCGGACCAUGAAAAGAGAGUUGAGAUUUUGGCCUGAGGCUGAAUGUGGCCGAGUGUUAUCAGAGAAGGUGGAAUCUGAGAAUCCACGCCAUUCCAGAGGAAACGGAUGAAAAUAUUAUUAAUAAAUUAACUCAAAUACACCAAGCAGUAGAUCCAGUGGCCAAGGAGGAAAUUCUACUACACGUGGAUGUUGCACAUCGUCUCGGUCGGAUAAGAGGGGGUAAGAAGACUCCGCUGACCAUUACUCGAUUUUCAAACAGAACCACGAGGGAUCUGGUAUGGAAACAAACCAGAAAAAAAUGAGUACUUGCUAUCGCAGAGCCUGAGGAUCGCCGAGGUCCUGACUGCAGUUGAUAGGCUGGACCGACAGAAGCUGCGGUCGCUGCUAGAAAAGCUGAGAAGCGUGCUUUCUUUGUUGGGACCCGAGUUUUCAUUGAUGCAAUAUAGAUAGGACCAGAAAGGUAACAUGUUGGCGUAGCAACUGGUCUAUCACCUCUACUAAUAUUCGAGUCUGGUCUUUGCUUAUAUACGACUAGGAUAUAUAUUUUUUUACUUUUAUUAUUAGAGAUGAAGAAUUUUUCUUAUAUAUAUACAUAGUCUCUCAUAAGCCUGGCCUUUUCACUUUUUUCUCUUAAUGCCAGGGGACUUGGACACACUGUUAAACGUAAAGUUUUAUUCUUGUUCUCAAAGCAGCAUAAACAUGUGGAUUUUUUUUUAAUCCAACAGUCACACUUUGUGCCUGAAGACAUUAAACUGUGGAAAUCCCAGUGAAGGGACGAUGUUUGGUUUUCACACGGUUCUAAACAUUCUGUAGGUGUUGUUAUUCUGAUGUUUAACUUUAAAGGAGAUGUUUUGCACCUGGAGGCGGAUACGAAUGGACAUUUUUUAGUUCUUACCGUUCAUAAUUGUGUUAAAAUGUUUCUUAUUGCGAAUAUUCAUGGUUAUAAUGUUAGAAAUGUAAUGAUAGAUUACUUGAGAUUUUGGAAGAACGUUUUGAUUAUUGGCUCUCUAAAUUUUCGGAUGUAUUUAUUUUUAUGGGACGACAGUUUAAUAUGGUAUUAGAUGAAAAUAUUGAUCGAUGGCCACCAAGGCUACACUGUACUUCUAAAUAACUUUACUAGCAUUAUUGAGAAAUUUAAUAUCAUAGAUAUUUGGAGAGAGCACAUUCUUGGAGUUAGACAUUAUAUUUGGACUAUAAAUCUAUUACGUACAUGUCUAGGCUAGAUUACUGGUUACCUUAAGAAAUAAUAGGGUCACUUUAAUUUUCUCCCUCACCUUUAACAGAUCAUAAAGCUAUCCAUAUACAAAUUGCAUUAUCUUCAGCUGAAUCCAAUUUUAAAUUUUAGUGGGUUAAAUAAUUCCAUUUUGGAGUUGAAGUUGUCUCUUUGCACAUUAAAAGAUGGCAACGUACUUUUUUACAUAAAGUGAUGGUAGAUAAUAACUGCUCUACAAAUUGGGAAGUUGUAAAAUUUGAAUCUGACAAAAUCUUCAGGAAAUACAGUAGUGAUUUAGUAAAGAAAAGAAAAUUGGAAGAACAAUCAUUGAUCUCAAAGAUUGCAAGUUUAUGUGAAUUGUUUCCAGAUAACCUUUCAGCGAGAGAUAAAGAGAGCUGGCUUUGUUAAAGGAUACGUUAAACCAUCUUUAUCUUAACAAGGCAGAAGGUGCAUAUCUGAGAACUAGAAAACAAUGGCUGGAAGAGGGUGAACCGAGUACGGUUUAUUUAUUUAGAAAAGCAGCGUGCCCAAUUCAAUUCUAUUCAUCAGCUUAAUAGUGAUGGUGUGAUUACAGAUGUCUCCAGAAAAAUAGCAAAAUAUUAUUCUGCUUUUUAUAGUAAACUGUAUAGCUCAAAAUAUUGUAAAACAUCUACACUACAUUUAAUAAAUUAUAUUAAUAUUCUUA